GUCCUCCUCCGUGCGCAACCCCAGACACCCUCACCAUGCCCUCCAACUUCGACACGCUGCAGCUCCACGCCGGCCAGGAGCCCGACCCGGGAUCCAAUGCUCGCGCCGUGCCCAUCUUUGCGACCACGUCGUUCACGUUCAACAACUCGCAGCACGGCGCCGACCUGUUCGGCCUGCGCGCGUUCGGCAACAUCUACUCGCGUCUCAUGAACCCGACGACUGAUGUGUUCGAGAAGCGCAUUGCUGCUCUCGAGGGCGGUGCUGCUGCCGUGGCUGCGUCCAGUGGCCAGAGCGCCCAGGCCAUGGCCAUCAUGGCUCUCUGCGCUGCCGGCGACAACAUCGUCUCGGCUACGCAGCUCUACGGCGGCACCUACAACCAGCUCAAGGUCAUGUUCCCGCGCCUCGGCAUCAACACGAAGUGGGUCAAGGACUUCAGCGCCGAGGCCAUUGACGCCGCCAUCGACGACAAGACCAAGGCCGUGUACCUCGAGUCGAUCUCGAACCCCGGCUACAACGUGCCCGACUUUGAGGCCAUCGCCAAGGUCGCCCACGCCAAGGGCGUCCCGGUCAUUGUCGACAACACGUUCGGCGCCGGCGGCUACCUCGUGCGCCCGAUUGACCACGGAGCGGACAUUGUCGUGCACUCGGCCACCAAGUGGAUUGGCGGCCACGGCACCACCAUUGCCGGUGUGAUCGUCGACUCCGGCAAGUUCGACUGGGAGAAGAGCGGCCGCUUCCCGCAGUUCACCGAGCCGGCUGAGGGCUACCACGGCCUCAAGUUCUACGAGACGUUCAAGGCCAUCACGUUCGCCAUCUACACGCGCGUCGUGGUGCUGCGCGACCUCGGCCCGGCGAUUAACCCCUUCGGCUCGUUCCUGCUGCUGCAGGGCAUCGAGACGCUCUCGCUGCGCGUGCAGCGCCACGUCGAGAACGCGCUCGCCGUCGCGCAGUACCUCGAGAAGCACCCCAAGGUCUCGUGGGUCUCGUACCCGGGCCUGGCCAACCACCCGUCGCACGCGCUGGCGAAGAAGUACCUGAAGAACGGCUUCGGCGCCGUGCUCUCCUUCGGCGUCAAGGGCGACGAGAAGGCCGGCCCGGCGUUCGUCGACCAGCUCAAGCUCGCCUCGCACCUCGCCAACGUCGGCGACAUGAAGACGCUCGUCAUCAGCCCCUCGGCGACGACGCACCAGCAGCUCACCGACGACGAGCAGCUCGCGGCCGGCGUCACAAAAGACCUCAUCCGCCUCAGCGUCGGCUGCGAGUUCAUCGACGACAUCAUCGCCGACCUCGAGCAGGCCUUCAACACGGUUGUCUAAGCCGAAGUCUCAACGUGAACCCAGCCUGCGCGGUGUGGUAGCUGUAGCCUCAGACAGCGAACACGUGUGCGGUGCAAUGGGAUGUAUUAUGCGGUG